AUGUCCGUCGAUGGCGAGAGCAUCUCUAUGCCGGUGGCGGUUGUCGCCUGCGUCGCAAUGGCGAUAUUCUACGUCUUGAUCCUCUACGCUCCCACCGUGAUUCUACGCCUCCCGGAGGCUUCUUCUUUCUCUGACUUCAUUAUUCGCCGAUUCAUUUGCGCUGCCAUUUCCACCGUCGCGUCCCUCAUCUUCACAGCUUCCUUACUCCCGAUAAAAGCCUGGGAGGCCUCUUAUGUACUUGGAGUUUUUGGCAUAAGGAGAGAUCAUCUGUGGCAAGGAGUGUUGUAUCCUCUUCUAUUGACCUCUCUCGUUUAUGCCGGAUCUUUGGUGUUGAAACUAUUAUUGCUCCUAAAGUCAUGGAAGGAAGAUGGUGGAGGAUGUAGUUCCUUUAAUAACAUAAAAAGCUUUGUUCAAACAAUCCCUGCUUGGAUACUGACUGGUGCUUCUAAUAUUUCCUUGUGGCGCAAUCUCGUCGUGGCACCAUUAACUGAAGAGCUGGUUUUCAGAGCUUGUAUGAUACCUCUGCUUCUCUGUGCUGGAUUUAGGAUAUACAGCGCCAUCUUUCUCUGCCCAAUUCUCUUCAGUUUGGCACACUUGAACCAUUUUAGAGAAAUGUACAUCAGGCAUAACCGCAGCUAUCUCAAGGCUUCACUGAUUGUUGGUCUUCAGCUUGGCUACACAGUCGUUUUUGGUGCAUAUGCAUCGUUUCUCUUCAUCAGAACUGGACAUCUCGCUGCGCCUUUGUUUGCUCAUGUAUUCUGCAAUUACAUGGGAUUGCCUGCGCUAUACGCCCGAGGAAAAGGUUUGGUGAGUGCAGCGUUCUUGUUCGGUGUCGUCGGAUUCGUCUUACUUCUCUUUCCUUUAACAAAGCCUCUUAUGUACAACGAUAGAACCAACGAUUGUCCGUGUUGGCUUGGAUAUUGUUUGUGGAAUUGA